AUGGCGGACGAAGMUCAAACAAGAACUCGUUAUGUCGUUGGAGCUCACGAAAAACGAGCAUUUCAAGUCUUUAAGGAGCUCAGAAACUACGAAGAACUGUUAGAUGUAACUCUCAAGGUCCAAGACAAGGAAAUAAAAGCUCACAGGAUUGUGCUAGCGGCGUGCAGUGCUUAUUUUCGCGCGAUGUUGACAACGGGUUUUGUAGAGACGUUCAUGAGCACAAUAUCUUUACAAGACUGUGAGCCAGAGUCUGUUGAAUUAAUCGUUGAUUAUUUCUACUCCUGUGAGCUUGCUAUCAACCAGAACAACAUAGAAGGAAUCCUUGCUGUUGCUAGCUUGUUUGAAGUUCCAGAAAUUGUACAGGAAUGCGGGGAAUUCAUGCAAGAAGAAAUCCAGUUGGAUAAUUGUCUUGGCAUUCAGUCUUUGGCGUCGCAGUUUUCACUAAAUCACCUCAAGUCAAAGGUUGAUAACUUUAUUUCUUGGAAUUUCAUGGCUUUGUGCGUGGAAGAGGAGUUUGGGAUGAUCCCUGCACAUCAACUGGAAGAGAUUAUAAGCCGGGAUACACUCCACGUCGAUCAAGAAGAAGAUGUGUUUGAAGCUUUGAUGGCAUGGUAUGAAGAAGAUGAAGAGAGAAUAGUCAAACAUAAGGACUUAAUGAAGCACAUACGAUUCACAUGUAUGUCCCCUGAUUACCUGGAAGAGAUGUUGUGUGACGAAAUGUUUUCAAAAGUUCCAAUGUGGGAGCAGCUAGCUGAAAGUGCACUCCAAGCCAUGUCAUCCCCGACAAAAAAGAACCUCAAUCAYUACAUUGACAUGCCAAGAAAAUCCCCAUUUGUCUUGUAUUUAAUUGGCGAGCUGUUUAACUCCAAGAUAGAGACCUUCAACAUGGAGACUGGGGAAUGCUCUGAAGUCGUUGGYAUGGCUGAAGCUUCGGGCACAGCAYUGGCGRUGGAUAAUGAUUUGUAUUUAGUCGUUGGGGGUGGUUUAAUGGUAGAUAAGUAUAACCUAAAGUURAACGGUUGGGUGAGRGUKGCYGAUGGUGUGAAGGAAGCAGAAUAUGCAGCCUGUGAAGGAAUGGGACAUAUUUUCGUUAUCGGUGGUGGAAAACGAGCAAAGUUCCUGGASUUAAAAUCAAAGAUGUGGAAUAAAAUGCCUUUGAUGAGCAUUCGACGCAGYUAUCAUGCCGUAACUGCUUUGAAUGGCAAAGUUUAUGUUUCAGGAGGUGUUACUCCCCCUGGAGAUCAGGCAACAGCAUCAGUUGAGUGCUUCAACACUGAAACAGGCCAGUGGGAGGACUGCGCAGCUAUGAAUGUACCACGGUUCAGACAUGAGUUAGUCGUCUUAAAUGAUUCUUUGUUUGCCAUUGGUGGGUGCGAUAGAUUGGGAUCAUCGUUCAAGACAGUCGAGACUUUUGAUCCAAAAUCGAACUGUUGGACACCUGUUGCAUCAUUAAAUCAUCCUCGGCGAGACUUUGCUGCAGGAGUCCUCCAAGGUGUAAUAUUUGUGUUCGGAGGUGGCGGGACCACCACUAUCGAACAGUAUAACCAAGAUGCAGGUAAAUGGACUGUUACAGGGAGCUUGAAGAAGCGAUGGAGUAAUUUUAGAUGUGUUGCAUUUCCUUACAUAAGAAUCAAAGGCUCYCUCAAGCAAACAACGAGUUAAGAAAUGUUCUAUUAAUAUUUUACGUUGAAAAAAGMCUGAAUGACGGGCCAUUGGAAUUGUAAAUUACAGACUGUAUUGACAUGUAGGUAAAACUUUUUAUAUUUUUUAUUCCAUUCUUUGUAUAAUUGUUGGUAUUAAAAUAAUCUUAAUGAAUUCACUUUUAUAUUUCCAUUGAAUCUUCAACAUAAUUUUCUUCCCUCCACAAAAAAUCAAAUUCCAAGUUUGAUCUGGAAUUGAGGGCCAGAUUGGUAACAAACCUUCCAUGCUUUAUCUGUCAUACCCUUGAAAUUUCAAUGCCCAYCCCAAACAUUUGGAAAUAGAGUCUCUUGGGAAUAGGAUUUCCAUUGCUGCAGUUUUGUGAGGCAAUAGCAUCUUUUACAAUAAAUUACAAAUUUUUUAUCAUCAAUAAGAGGACAGACAGAUAAA